UUACAGGCAGAGGUAAAUCAUAAACUCAGCAAUUCAAAGAAAGCAAUGACGAAAGUUGCUCCAUUAUGAAGUCACGAGGACCUUACAAGAAAAUUCAAGGAGGAGAUGGACAAGAAGUGCAAGACCUCACCAGGUCUUUAUGCAUGAGUCUUGGUGAAGUUAUUUCUCAUACUCCCGUGCACCAGCAGCUUUCACAUUUACACAAAGAUCUUUCUUCCCUACUAGAGUGCUUUACAUCAAUAGCUCAGGUACCCUGUUUGCUGGAGGUUGUAUUGCAAUAUGCCAGAUUCUGGUAUUGGACCGCAUUGAUUAGAGUUGGUUCGCUGCCUUCAGUCCAUAGGAGACCCAAGGUGGCGAGAACACGUACCUCUUUAUCAACUGAUCAGUAGCUCAAGCCCCCAGUGGAAGCUCCUACGAGGGGCAGAGGCUGAGGCCGUGCCAGAGGCCGAGGUAGGGGCAGGGCUCAGGCUAGAGCUCGAGCAGCAACACCAGUAACGGAGCCUCAGGUGGAGUUCCAUGAUGAGGUUCCGGGUCAGACCAUUCCGGCAGGGCCAGCUCAGGUUCCCGAGGGGUUCAUCGCCACCUCGGUACUUCAGGAUGCUUUGGUCCGUCUAGUGCCUUAUGGAGAGCGUAGCUCAGACUGGCACAUUUCCUGUAGCACCAGCAGUCUCUCAGGCUGAGGGAGGAUCUAGACUCUCGCUACCCACACUUCGGAGCAGAUGGUUCCUCAGUUUCAGACUCCGACAACUCAACCAGCUAUUGCGGCAUAGGCCGCUGGUGGAUCAGUCAUGUCUUCUGAGGCUUUGUUGAGGUUGGACAAGUUCACCAAGCUUUUCCCGGUUCAUUACAGUGGGGCAGCUUCUGAGGACCCACAAGAUUAUCUUGACCGCUGCCAUGAUGUAUUGCGGAACAUGGGGAUAGUGGAGACUAAUAGAGUCAACUUUUCUGUAUUCCAGAUGAUAAGGUCCGCCAAGAGAUGGUGGAAUGAUUUUUUGUUGACUAGACUAGCUGGGUCGCCUGCCUUGACUUGAGACCAGUUCUUUCAGCUAUUUCUCGAGAAGUUCCUUCUUGUUACGCAGAGACAGGACUAUCGUAGGCGGUUCGAGCAUCUUCAGUAGAGUUCUAUGACUGUCACUCAGUACGAGAUUAGGUUUGUUGAUUUGGCCCGUCAUGCUCUUCUUAUACUUCUUACCGAGAGAGGGUGAAGAUGUUUAUUGAGGGACUCGCUCAGCCUAUCAGAUUGCAGAUGGCUAAGGAGAUAGAGAGCGAGAUUUCUUUCCAGGAUGC